AUGGCAGCGCAACAAGACUACAAAUUCGAAGGCUGGAUGGGCCUUGACCCCAAAUCCGCUGAUGGAAACAUGGUCUGGCAGGAGUUUGAGCCGAAGCCCUGGGAGGAGACGGAUGUUGAUAUCAAGGUUACACACUGUGGUAUCUGUGGCUCGGAUUUGCAUACAUUGAGGAGUGGUUGGCGCCCAGCCCUGUACCCGUGCUGCGUCGGCCAUGAAAUUGUCGGCACAGCCAUCCGCGUCGGAUCCAAAGCAGUCGGUGGAAUCAAAGUUGGUGACCGUGUUGGCGUCGGCGCCCAAAGCGACGCAUGCCUCGGCCGUUUCGGCGACUGCCCCGAAUGCGCCAUGGGCUGGGAGAACUACUGCUCGCACAAGUUCGUGAGCACCUAUAACAGCGUGCAUUUCAAUGGCGGCAAGUCAUAUGGUGGAUAUGCGCUAUACAACCGCGCGCCUUCUCACUUCGUUAUCAAGAUCCCUGAUGGUGUGUCCUCGGCUGAUGCGGCUCCCAUGCUCUGUGGUGGUGUGACGCUCUACUCGCCGCUGAAACAUAAUGGGUGUGGACCUGGUAAGAGGGUGGGAAUUAUUGGUGUUGGUGGGUUAGGACAUUUUGGCGUAUUAUUUGCCAGGGCACUUGGGGCGGACAAGGUCGUUGCGAUUUCGAGGAAGGAGGGUAAGAGGGCGGAUAUUGAGAAAAUGGGUGCGGAUGCGUACAUCGCGACGGAUGAGGAGCAGGGGUGGGCGGAGAAGUAUGCGAGGUCUCUGGACUUGAUCGUGUGUACGGUGUCCUCGACGAAGAUGCCGAUGAAUGAGUAUGUGGGUUUGCUGGCGACGAACGGGAGCUUUGUGCAGGUUGGAUUGCCCGAGGAUGGAACGCUCAAUGCGCCUGUUGGGGCACUGAAGCGGAGGUUGAAGAUGGAGAGCUCGCUUGUUGGUAGCCCGGAUGAGAUUAGGGAGAUGUUUGCGCUGGCUGCGGAGAAGGGGAUUAAGCCAUGGGUCGAGGAGGUGCCCAUGAAGGAGGCCAACAAGGCUAUUGUUGAUAUGCACGAGGGCAAGGCGCGGUACCGCUAUGUGUUGGUGAACGAGGCAUAA